AUGUCUACUUCCUCACCAACUACUCGUGCGCGCAUUCGGAGAGCUACGAAGGCCGACAUUGAGGAGCUGUCUCACGUCCUAGCUCGUAGCUACGCGCGCGAUCCCUUUGAUAACUGGGUCAAGGGAGCCAAAUUCAUGCUGUCCAGCGCUAAUACUAAGGACCCUCAAGAGGUCAAGGCCUUGGAACAUAUGCGCUACUUCCAAUGGUCUCUUGCUCGCUUAUUCUUGUUUUGUGGUCAGAUCGAUGUUGUUGUUGUACCCAUCGAAGGACGGGAGAAGAUUGUGGCUGUUACAUGUUGGGUAGAGCCUGGCAAGACAGCAGACCCUAGCCCGCUCUCUUUACUCCGUAUGCGGAUUUUCAGAGUGUGGAGGGCGUGGGGGUUCAAACCGCUGAAGCGAAUGUUGAACGAUUUCAUACCGCGAACGGAUAAAGUCAAGAAGGAUGCCUUCCGAGCGCGCGGAAAGGAGCUGAAGGACGCGUGGUAUCUUGGUAUGGUUGCCACGGAUCCGGACCACGAAGGCCGCGGAUACACAUCAAUGAUGGUCAAGGCGCGAUUCAAGAGCAUCGGUUCCACGCCUAUCCAACUUGAGGCCAGCAAUGCGAAAGCCCGAGACAUCUACGCACACUAUGGUUUCCAGCUUGUCGAGCCGGUUCUGAUGGGUGUAGGGAAGGUUGAUUCAGACGGGGUGAUUGCACACGGCGAGAAAGCCACUGGCGUCCCGACCUUUGUCAUGAUCAAGUGGCACUGA